CGGCGGAGCGGGGACAAAGUCCCCCCGGCGCCGCGACGAGCAUCCCCGCUCGCUCGCCCGCCCGCCCCCGGCUGCCGCCGCGCCUCCCCGCUCUGGGGACAGGACCGGCACCAGGACCGGGACCGGCGGGCGGCUCCCCCCCGCCCCUCGGCCGCGGCGCUCCCGCGGGGUGCCCGCCGCCGCCUCCUCCUCCUCCUCCUCCUGCCGCCGCCGCGCCCGGCCAUGUCGAUGCUGCCGUCGUUUGGCUUCACGCAGGAGCAGGUCGCCUGCGUCUGCGAGGUGCUGCAGCAAGGGGGGAACCUGGAGAGGUUGGGCCGGUUCCUUUGGUCGCUGCCGGCCUGCGACCACCUGCACAAGAACGAGAGCGUCCUGAAGGCCAAGGCGGUGGUGGCCUUCCACCGCGGCAACUUCCGCGAGCUCUACAAGAUCCUGGAGAGCCACCAGUUCUCCCCCCACAACCACCCCAAGCUGCAGCAGCUCUGGCUGAAGGCGCACUACGUGGAAGCCGAGAAACUGCGGGGCAGACCUUUGGGCGCCGUCGGCAAAUACCGCGUCCGCCGAAAAUUCCCUUUGCCCCGCACCAUCUGGGACGGCGAGGAAACCAGUUACUGCUUCAAGGAGAAAUCCCGGGGCGUGCUGCGGGAAUGGUACGCCCACAACCCCUACCCGUCCCCCCGGGAGAAGCGGGAGUUGGCGGAAGCCACCGGUCUCACCACCACCCAAGUCAGCAACUGGUUCAAGAACCGGAGGCAGCGGGACCGAGCGGCGGAGGCGAAGGAAAGGGAGAACACGGAAAACAACAACGCGGCCACCAACAAACCGAACCAACUCUCGCCCCUGGAUGGGAGCAAACCCCUCAUGUCCAGCUCCGAGGAAGAAUUUUCUCCUCCCCAAAGCCCGGAUCAGAACUCGGUCCUGCUUUUGCAGGGGAACCUCAGCCACGCCAGGAGCUCUGGCUACUCCCUGAGUGGCUUAGCCACAUCCCAGACCCCUCACAGCCUCCAAGGCCACCAGCUCCAGGACUCGCUGCUGGGACCCCUCACGUCCAGCCUGGUGGAUCUGGGAUCCUAAAGGCCCGCGGCGGGCGGCCGGAGGAACGGGAGAGGAGGUUCUGCUCGGGGACAGAAGCUCUGGGUUGUACAUAGAGGACAGCACCCGGUUUUACAGCUCACCCGCUGAUUCUUGACGGGACUCUCAGCUCUUUCACACAACCCCAUAUCGGCUCCUGGUCCAGCUCCCUCCCAGUGUCUCCCACUAUCACCAUGACUUUAUUUUUAUUUUUUUUUUCCUUCACGUAGCCAAAAGCAGCAAGCGGCAGAAACCCGUAGCCCUUCAAGUUCAAACGAGCUGGUCCCAGCAGGAAUUACAAAAAAGAAAAAAAAAAACCAAACCAAAACUAAAAACCUACCAAAAACCCCAAACCUAGCUGGAUCCGAUUCCGCACAAAUAAAUCCCAGCUCCGCAGGGCGGUGGGGCAGGGGCGACCUGUGCAUCUCUGCUGCUGCCCGGCUGGGUCCCCGCGGGACCGGCGAGGAGCUGGGACGGGGAGGCAGAGGGAGCGAACCGCUGUACUUGCGAACCCUGUGUUGUAGCUGGAGGAGGGAGGGGAAGUUACGUUUACAUUUUUCAUAUUUAGCCUUACCAGAAAGAUUUCGAUGUAGUUUAAUUUUUAAAAAAAAAAAAAAAAAAAAGGGGGGGUGUGUGUGAAGCUGCAGUAUUAGAGUUUUAACAAGCGCCUAUGUCUUAUUGCGGCUGUGUGAGGUGGUUAGCGAGCGAGCCCCCAGGGGCCUGUGCCCCCCCCCCGCCCUCCCCGGAUUUCUUUUCCUCCGUGUGAAAUGCAUCGAUGCGGCUAAAAAUUAGGAUAAUAAUAAUAAUAAAAGUUGAUGGCCGUUUCCUCCUGAACGAGUAUUUCUCGGGCUGCCCCGCCAGCUCCACGUUGCCUUCUCCCGCCUGUCCCUGCUCACCGCCUUCCUCCUUCGGCUUGCGGAGAGCCCGCGGACGACGCUGUCUGUCUCGAGUAUUUGUUACCGAAAAUCGCAUGUGCUUUCAGGUUUAUUUUCUAUUGUACCUAAACAGUCUAAAUUAAACAACGCUGAUGG